AUGAAUGCAGCGUGUUGCCCCUGGGCCGCGUCGCGAGCCCUGAGCGCGGCGGCAGGCAGCGUCCAGCCCCGCUCACCGUUCACCGUCCCGAAAGCCGCGCGGGACGGGGCGGAAGGCGGUCGGGGCGUUCCGUCCCCGAGAGAACAUCCGUGGGCGAUCGGGACGUACUACUCGAAGAAGCAGAACCGCAAGACGAAGGACGCGCUUGGAAACCUGGACAGCAGCAUCGAGAACCUGAGGGUGCCGGCGGCGUGGGCGGGCAUGGACGGCGGGGCCAGGAUGUUGCUUGCGCUCGGCGCCGUGUCCCGGGAGCUCGGCGUGUCGGAAGCGCGGCUACUGGAGGGCCUGGACAAGCUGGUGGCGCUGAUCCCGGAGGUCAGGAACGCCGGAGUACCCGAGGGGAGUGUUUUCCGGAUGGCCGCCGACGUGGAGCACAUCGCCGAGCGCCUGGUGCACCUCAAAGCGAUCAUGCCGGGCGCCAACGCGGGGCUGGUCGCGGCGCGGUUCCCUGCCGUGCUCAAGGAGCCCCUCGCCGACGUGCAGCGCCGCGUCGACGUCGCGAGGGGCGUUCUCCUGCCGCGGGCAGGCCGUGACGCGGCGCGGUCGGACGACGCGCGGUUCUGGGAGGCGGUGGAGCGAUGCCCGGGAAUCCUGGACGUGGACGUGCUGCCCGGGGCGGUGCAGGAGCUCGCGCGGCUCAUGCCGCACGAGCGCGACGUGCUGAAGCUGCUCUCGGGCAGCCCGCAGAUGUUUGUCGCCGCGCAGGGGCUCGCGGCGCAGAGCCGGGGGGACCGCGACCCCGAGUACCUGGACUCCACGCUCCGGGGGUCGUGA